AAAGUAAUUUAAUCGUGUGCUUGAAUUUGAAAUCAAAAGGUAUUUUUAUUGUGUUCGGAUUCGAAAAGUAUUCAUAAGUUACUUGAGCCUUACUUAAAAUGACAGAGCAGAUGGAAAUUGAACUACUGGAAAAUGACAUCCGCACGUUGCGCAAACAGCUCAGCCAGAAAGUUCAACAGCUGAAGACCUUGAAAAAACAUUUUCAGAAAGUAAGUGUGCUGUAUUUUCUUAGGCCUUGUCAAAAUAUUAAAAAUACAACUUUAAAACCAUUCCAGAAUUGUUUGAAUAAAUUGAACAACAAUGAAAUAGCUCGAUACAGCCGCCAGAUUAUACUGUCCGAAAUUGGAGUCCAAGGACAGCUGAAACUGAAAAAAGCGUCGGUUCUGGUGGUUGGUGCCGGCGGUCUCGGCUGCCCGUCAUCACUCUACCUGGCAGGUGCGGGUAUCGGUUGCAUUGGUAUCCUGGAUUAUGAUGAAGUAGAGCUCACGAAUCUGCAUAGGCAACUGCUUCACACAGAAUCCACUGUUGGCCUGAGCAAGGUCGAAUCUGCCAAAACUUUUCUCGCAGAGCUUAAUUCCCAGAUCGAAAUUAUUACGCAUCGCACACAGUUAACCAGCGAUAAUGCUUUGGAGAUUCUUGAAUCAUACAAUAUUAUAGUCGAUGCAACAGACAAUGUUGCGACGAGAUAUUUAUUGAAUGACGCAUGUGUUCUUCUCAAAAAACCACUAGUUUCUGGAAGUGCCUUGCAAUUAGAAGGACAGCUUACAGUUUACAACUAUAAAGAUGGACCAUGUUAUCGAUGCUUGUUUCCUACACCUCCACCACCGGAAACGGUUACGAAUUGUGGAGAUGGUGGCGUGUUAGGAGCAAUUACGGGUGUAAUAGGAGCACUUCAAGCACUUGAAACGAUCAAGAUAAUACUAGGAAAUGAGGGUGUACUGAACGGACGAUUAUUAUUGUUUGAUGGACAACGAAGUACCUUCCGCAACUUGAAACUUCGACCGAAAAAAGCCAACUGCUCUGUUUGCUCCGAAAAACCAAGCUUGACCCAAUUGAUUGAUUACGAAGUAUUUUGUAGUAUGAAAGCAACCGAUAAGGAUUCACAUUUGCAUUUAUUACAACCGAAUGAACGCAUAACUGUUGAAGAGUACAAAAAGUUGGCGGACUCGGCAGACCCACACAUACUGAUUGAUGUACGAGGGAGCAAUCAAUUUGAGAUUUGUCAGCUUCCGUCUUCAGUGAACAUUCCUAUCGAUGACAUUUUAAAGGAUCGUCGAACUAACGAGCUUAUAAAUCGUGCUGAGGAAAAUAAAGUUCCUGUAUUUCUGCUGUGUCGUCGUGGAAAUGAUUCUCAGCUUGCCGUUCGUCAUUUAAAACCACUGUUUGAACAGAAAGGCCUCAAACCACCCAAAGAUAUUCUUGGAGGCUUACACGCGUGGACACAAAUUAUUGACCCUGAUUUUCCAAUUUACUAAAAUCGUUAAAACUAAAACAAAUUGAAAUUUAAUAAAUUAUUGUUAUUGGCUUUGCUGGCUUUUAAUUACACUAUAAAAUAUUCUAUAAAAGUAAGUUAAAAUGCUAAUGUAUCAAGAACAACGUUUUUUUUUCUAUUAAUUCAUCCAUAAUUAUUAUUGAUUUCGAUGACUGCACGUUAUCAAGAUUUGGUGUAUGAAACUGACCAGUGACCAUCAGCACAGCUCUCGACAAAUUUGAAAGGCGAAUUUAUAUAUAAUUCCUAGGUCCAAUAGUAAAAACGAUUGAGUGAAUCCAGUGAAUCGCUAUCUCGAUUUGUCUACAUUUGUAAAUUUCGCCCUUUUGAAAUGUUCUGUUAGAAUUUUUAAGAAAAAUAUGUCAAUAAUCAACAUAAUAGGUUUCGUGUGUUGUUCGCAGUUUCAGACCUACCGAGAACCUGGAUUUACCGAUAUCUAUCCGAGAAAUUUUAAGCAACGAUAGAAAAGCCGAAGAUAAAAUUUUAAAACUUCUGAAAAUGCGUGAACUUUAUGAUACAACAAUCGAUGCAAUCUAUAAUGAGAUCCAUCACAGACAAAAUAAACAACAAAAUUUCUAAUACUUCAGUAUUAUUCAUAAUUUUUAAAAUAUAUAGUAAA